AAUAAACCUAUCAAACUUUAUCCACCUGUCUCUCUUCUUCUCUAUCCCAUCGUCUUCCUCGUGAACGAACCUUCUCGAUCUUCUUCUUCUUUUUCCACCUGUUUUUUUUUUUUUGGGUUUUCUCACGAGCUUCUUCUACUCUACUACGCCACUCUCACGAACUUAUUUUAAAAGUGAAACUUGUUUUUUUUUUUUUUUUUUUUUUUNUUCCUUGAUUUGCUCUGAUUGUGUCAUCCUGGAACAUUAUUGAGAAUCUCUCUACUCUAUAAGCAGUUUUAUUUUACUACUAGAGAGAGAGAGAAGCAUAAACCAUGGCUGCGAGAAAUUUGGAGAAGAUGGCUUCGAUUGAUGCUCAGCUCAGGCUUCUUGCUCCUGGGAAAGUCUCUGAAGACGACAAGCUUGUAGAGUACGAUGCUCUGUUGCUCGAUCGAUUUCUCGAUAUUCUUCAGGAUUUGCAUGGCGAGGAUGUCAGAGAAUUCGUUCAAGAAUGCUACGAGGUGGCUGCUGAUUACGAUGGGAACCGCAACACUGAUAAGCUAGAGGAGCUUGGGAAUAUGCUGACGAGUUUGGAUCCAGGGGAUUCAAUUGUUGUCACUAAAGCAUUCUCCAACAUGCUUAGCUUAGCUAAUCUAGCUGAGGAAGUCCAGAUUGCUUACCGGCGUAGGAUUAAGAAGCUCAAGAAAGGCGAUUUCGCUGAUGAGGCCUCUGCAACAACUGAAUCCGACAUUGAAGAGACUCUCAAGAGGAUUUUGCAGCUUAACAAGACUCCUGAAGAAGUCUUUGAUGCUCUCAAGAAUCAGACUGUUGACUUGGUUUUGACUGCUCAUCCGACUCAAUCUGUUCGUCGGUCUUUGCUCCAAAAGUUUGGAAGGAUUCGUGAUUGUUUGACGCAGUUAUAUGCGAAGGACAUUACUCCUGAUGAUAAACAAGAACUCGAUGAAGCUCUGCAACGAGAGAUUCAAGCUGCUUUUCGCACUGAUGAAAUCCGAAGAACUCCUCCUACACCGCAAGAUGAAAUGAGAGCAGGUAUGAGCUACUUCCACGAGACAAUCUGGAAAGGAGUUCCGAAGUUCUUAAGACGUGUUGACACGGCUUUAAAGAACAUCGGAAUCAACGAGCGUGUUCCUUACAAUGCGCCUCUCAUUCAAUUCUCUUCAUGGAUGGGCGGAGACCGUGAUGGAAACCCACGAGUAACUCCUGAAGUUACAAGAGAUGUAUGCUUAUUAGCUAGAAUGAUGGCUGCUAAUCUCUACUUCUCCCAGAUAGAAGAUCUUAUGUUUGAGAUGUCUAUGUGGCGUUGCAAUGAGGAACUUCGGGUCCGUGCAGAACGUCAAAGGUGUGCGAAGAGGGAUGCAAAACAUUAUAUUGAAUUUUGGAAACAAAUCCCUGCAAAUGAGCCAUACCGAGCUAUUCUUGGAGAUGUGAGGGACAAGCUGUACAACACACGUGAACGUGCACGUCAGUUAUUGUCAAGCGGAGUUUCGGACGUUCCUGAAGACGCUGUUUUCACAAGUUUGGAUCAGUUUUUGGAGCCACUUGAGCUCUGUUACAGGUCGCUCUGUGAUUGCGGUGACAGACCUAUUGCUGAUGGAAGCUUGCUCGAUUUCUUGCGCCAAGUCUCAACAUUUGGGCUUGCGCUUGUGAAACUUGAUAUCCGACAAGAAUCUGACAGACACACCGAUGUCUUGGAUGCUAUCACAACACACUUGGGUAUUGGAUCUUACAAAGAAUGGUCAGAGGAUAAAAGACAGGAAUGGCUCUUAUCUGAGCUAAGUGGGAAACGCCCUCUCUUUGGACCUGAUCUCCCCAGAACUGAAGAGGUCGCAGAUGUGUUGGACACUUUCAAAGUCAUUUCCGAGCUUCCUUCGGAUAGUUUUGGUGCUUAUAUCAUCUCAAUGGCCAAUGCUGGUCGUUUAUCUGCGGCUUGGCAGUUAUACAAGACUCAAGAAGAGCUUGUGAAGGUGGCAAAAGAAUAUGGAGUCAAGCUCACAAUGUUCCACGGAAGAGGUGGGACUGUAGGACGAGGAGGUGGACCUACCCAUCUUGCUAUUUUGUCUCAGCCUCCGGAUACCAUUCACGGGCAACUAAGAGUAACAGUUCAAGGUGAAGUUAUCGAACAGUCUUUUGGAGAAGAGCACUUGUGCUUUAGAACUCUUCAGCGUUUCACGGCUGCUACACUUGAGCACGGAAUGCAUCCACCGGUUUCCCCUAAGCCUGAGUGGCGUGUCCUCAUGGAUGAAAUGGCUAUAAUUGCCACUGAAGAAUACCGUUCUGUUGUCUUCAAGGAGCCCCGUUUUGUUGAGUACUUCCGUCUGGCGACACCUGAGCUCGAGUAUGGAAGAAUGAACAUAGGAAGCCGACCAGCUAAACGUAAACCGAGCGGAGGAAUCGAGUCACUGCGUGCAAUCCCGUGGAUCUUUGCGUGGACUCAGACAAGGUUUCACUUGCCCGUGUGGCUAGGUUUUGGAGGGGCAUUCAAACGUGUGAUCCAGAAGGACAACAAGAAUCUCAACAUGCUGAAAGAGAUGUACAACCAAUGGCCUUUCUUCCGUGUCACAAUUGAUUUAGUCGAAAUGGUUUUCGCCAAAGGAGAUCCAGGAAUCGCAGCUCUGUACGACCGCCUCCUCGUCUCUGAAGAACUUCAGCCAUUCGGUGAACAACUCCGAGUUAACUACCAAGAGACCAGACGCCUCCUACUCCAGGUCGCAGGUCACAAAGACAUUCUAGAAGGUGACCCUUACUUAAGGCAAAGGCUGCAGCUACGUGACCCAUACAUCACGACACUGAACGUGUGCCAAGCCUACACACUGAAGCAGAUCCGUGACCCAAGCUUCCACGUCAAAGUCAGGCCGCAUCUUUCUAAGGAAUACAUGGAGUCUAGUCCAGCAGCUGAGCUGGUGAAGCUCAAUCCAAAGAGCGAAUACGCACCAGGACUUGAAGACACCGUUAUCCUCACCAUGAAGGGUAUCGCUGCCGGUAUGCAAAACACCGGUUAAGCAAGUUUAAACCGUCUUUGUACCAUUCCUUAAAAUCUAUCCUAUGUAACGUAAUAUGUUUAUCCUAUCAUGUGAUGAAAUCUCUGACUCCCUCGUUUGUGUACGCUUGCUUUUAAAUGAGUAUAUGAUAAUUUCUUAAGUUUUUUCA